AUGACAGAUUGCAAGGGAAAAAAUGUUAUCUCGAACGAUGAAUCUCUGCUUGAGAAGAAGGAAAGAGAAAUAAAACACCUUCGUAAACAAAUUUUCGCUUUACAAAAUGAAGCUAUCAGAAGUUUUACCGAAGCCAUUCACUAUAAUGAACGGAUCCUAUACAACGUUGUCGCCUAUCAUGAUCGUAUUUCCACUCGUGAAGAUGGUGGUUGUAUGACCAUAAGGAAUCAAUUGAUCGCUUCGCAAGCUAUUCUUGCAGACGCUAGAGAUUCAAUGUUGAGUUAUUCGUCGAUUAGUGUUGAAGAUCAGGAACAUUGCGAGGAAGAUGAUCAAGAAUCUGUUAAGAGCGUUGCGACAUCCACUGCCAAGGAGAGUCGAUUCGGUGGGUCAACUAGUACUUCCGUCAAGAAUACCCCAACUACUGAAUCGUUUAGAAGCACUAUUCCAAAUCAAGCGUUCGUGGAAUCCCUAAAAGAACUUUCAGCUAAGCUUGCCAUGCGUCACUCCGUGUCUACGCCCCAACAAUCUCCCGAAUUUCUGGUCCAGAAUUUAGGUCAGAAUUUACAAGACGCAACCACCAUUGAUUCCACUAAACAUAGCACACCAAAAAUCACGAUUCCAGCCGUUUACGUAGGUGUAUUUAAAAUUGAUAUCCCUCCUGCCGUCAUCAAAAAGUCAUUGAGUGAUAUGUUCGGAGAAGUGAUCGCUGUCGCAAAAUACCGUCAUAGGGAUCACGCUUUUGCCUACUUUGCAAAAUGGGAUUCUUAUAACGAGGCGUUGAGUCAAGGUGCGAUCGUUAUUUCUGGUCAAAUGCUAUCAAUUAAGAAAUCUGAGCAUGCCCCAAGGCCAGGUUCCUUUGAUUGGUACCGAUUUCGCAGCGCUUAUGAAAAUAAAGAGCUACUUAACUCAUAUAUUGAAGGGCUUUUCAAAAAUGAAGCUUUCUUUCGAACUCAAAAAUUCUCGCAUUCUACACCUAGUGAAGUCUCAGGAAAGGUUCUUCAAUACUAUGAAGGAAUAAAAAACCGCGAUCGCAGUUAUCUAGCAAAAUCCAUAACAUUAGUGGAGUCUACACGGAAAGAUCACAAGCAACAAGCUCAACAGUUGCUCUCCAUGAUCCUCGACGCACAACAUAAUAAUAAUGAGUGUAAGCCCACGUUCCGAAUAGGCCUAUCCGGUCCGCCAGGAGUCGGAAAGUCAACUUUCAUAGAAAGUUUUGGAUUACAUAUACUUUCUCAGGGACAUCGCGUAUCCGUACUCACCAUUGAUCCGUCUUCAACUCGAAACGGUGGAUCGAUUUUAGGUGAUAAAACUCGAAUGCCGAAAUUGUCUCAUCAAGAAAACGCCUAUAUCCGACCUUCACCGAGUCGUGGCACACUUGCCCGGAAUACGAACGAGGCUAUCAUUUUAUGCGAAGCUGCCGGGUAUGAUGUGUGCCUAGUGGAAACUGUUGGCGUAGGCCAGUCAGAAACGAUGGUGGCUGACAUAGUUGACAUGUUCAUUUUAAUGGUACCGCCUGCUGGAGGUGACGAGAUACAGGGAUUGAAAAAAGGUAUAGUCGAAAUAUCCGAUCUUGUGAUAGUCAACAAAGCCGAUGGCCCUCUGGCUGCUUCCGCGAGGGAAGCAUUAAUCGAAUAUACAAGUGCCUUGAAGUAUCUUCAACCAAUAACCCCAUACUGGAAGCCUCAGGUCACAAGCGUAUCUGCAAAAACCAAUAUGGGGAUUGAAAAUGCUUGGAAUAUAACAAUGUCUUAUUUAAACGCAAUGAGGGAAUCUGGAGAAUUUCAAAGGAAGCGAAGUGAACAAAGGAAACUAUGGAUGUGGCGCCAGAUAAAAACUGAACUAUUAGAUAGAUUGAAAUCAGACGAAUCAAUAAGAAAACUGGUAAAUACGUUUGAACAAAAAGUGUUUAAUGGUGAAAUGACUUCUGGCACAGCCGCGGAUUAUGUUGUGGAUAAAUUUACGCACAAUUUAACGCAAAAUUCCAUUUCGUAA